AAAAGCUAUGUGAACAGACUACAUAGAGCAGGACUCUGUUUGUCCCUUCAAAGAUUCAUGAUGAGAAUCGAGGUCGCGCUUCAGCUGGGCUUCUGCAGUCUAUGUCUACUUCUGGGAUUCUUUAGAGGAGGAGCGGCUGUAGAGAUUCCUGACCCACCACCUAUUAACUGUGUCUGGAGCCGCUGGUCAGAGUGGACGACUUGUGAUCCCUGCACAAAGAUCAGAAGGCGUUCUCGGGCCAUAGAAGUGUUUGGCCAGUUUAGGGGUGAUGCUUGCCAGGGAUCAAUAGGUGAAAGUACGGCUUGCACAACAUCUGAGGCGUGCGUGAACCCGACUGCCAUCCCUUGCUCAGACAUUGAGUUCGAGUGUGAAUCAAGAAAAUGUAUCAAGAAAAGGUUAAUGUGCAAUGGGGACUAUGACUGUGAGGAUGGAUCAGAUGAAGACUGCGACCCUGUGCGGAAACCCUGUGGUCAAACAGUUCUCAUUAACAAUGAACAAGGCAGGACAGCAGGAUAUGGGAUCAACAUUUUGGGUGCUAAUCCUCGAAUGAACCCCUUCAACAAUGACUACUUUAAUGGGAGGUGUGACCGUGUCAGAAAUCCAAACAAAGGGAAUUAUGACAGGCUUCCUUGGAACGUCGGUGUCCUCAAUUAUGAGACUCUGGUGGAGGAGACCGUCUCCAGAGAAAUCUACGAGAACACGCACAGCCUUCUGAAGACCAUGAUACAGGAUAAGACGUUUAAACUUGAUGCAGGGUUCAACGUAAAACUUAGCCCAUCUGAACCAUCUAUGUCCAAUCUGUCUGGAACUAUUGGAGCAGACCUUGGAUUUUCAAGGCAAAACAUGCUGAAGGAGGUCACGGAAUACACCACCAUAAAGAACAAGAGCUUUAUGAGAGUAAAAGGCAGAGUGCAGAUGAGCACCUACAGGAUGCGCUCCCGUGAGCUCCAACUCGCAGAUGAAUUCCUGAAACAUGUCCAGUCUUUGCCUGUUGAGUAUGAAAAGGGUAUUUACUUUGCCUUCCUGGAGGACUAUGGAACCCACUACACGAAAAAUGGAAAGUCAGGUGGUGAAUACGACUUAGUCUAUGUUCUAAACCAGGAUACCAUCAAGACAAAACAAAUUACAGAGCGAACCCUUCAACAGUGCAUCAAAGCAGGCAUUACAGCAGAUUUUGGGGUCCCAGGGGUCGAUGUUUCAGGUCACGUAAAACCUGAGGGAUGCGACAACCCCAAGGAAAUAACACAAGCUGACACUGAUGGAAAAGCAGUGGUGGAUAAGGUUGUGACAUCUGUCAGAGGAGGAAAUAUGGAAAGUGCUGUUGCCAUGAGAGGCAAGCUAAACAAAGAGGGGAUAAUGGACAUCGGAACAUAUCAGUUCUGGGCUCGGUCCAUCGCAGAUGCCCCUGCACUGCUGAGCAGCGAGCCGGAACCCAUUUAUAUGCUGGUUCCACCGAAUAUGCCAGAUUCAAAUGCCAGGAUCGAAAACCUGAAACGGGCCACACAGGACUACAUGGCUGAAUACAACGUGUGCAAAUGCAAGCCCUGUCAAAAUGGAGGCACUCUUGCUCUGCUAGAGGGAAAGUGCAUUUGCAUCUGCCCCGAUGUUUUUGAGGGCUCGGCCUGCCAGAACUUCAAACCAGACAAAAAUAAAGGCCCGGCAACAAGACCUACGGUGGAUCAACUGGGUAACUGGUCCUGCUGGUCAACCUGGUCCAGCUGCAGUGGAGGAAAACGCAGCAGAACUCGGUUCUGCAAAACAGAUGGAGUCCCUGGAGCGUCGUGUACAGGAGACACCAACAGUGACGAAUACUGCUAAGCGAAUUCUGAAAGAUGUCCUUUGAGAUUUUGGUCAUAAGAGCAAACAAGUGCAGAUGAAGGACAAGCAAAACAUUGUUUAUGAAACUUAAAAAUAAACAUUAAUCCCGAUUAAUAGGUCAUCUGAUAUGUUUUAAGUAAAAGGAUAAGCAGUAGCAUUGCAGUAAUUAUGAUUUCUAUUAUAAUCUCUGAAAUUUGUUCACAUUCUUGGGUAAAAUAAAGCCACAGUUUUGAUCUGAA